UAUAAAUGACGUAGAGCAAGUGACAGCUGCGUGGUUACACAAAUUAGCCUCCAUCCGACGAACCGAUGAGUCGUAGUAAAAUCAGUAGAUCUGAAUUCAGUAAAACAAUUGAAGCACGUGCUGACAAACGUUGAAGGAAGAGACAACGCUAACAUUUGUGGAAGUACUAUAAAAGAUUCCAGGUUUUUUUUUUUUUAAGUAACAUCCAACCAAACAAAACCAAGAUUAAAUUGUAUUUAGUUUUACUAAUUACCCUUACAUCUCCAUUUUAGUCAGAAUCCCGAAGAUGGAUUGUUACCGUAAUGCUCUUCAAUCCGCACCCCCCUCCCCAUGUCAUACACACUGCUGCAGGAGCCACCACAACCGCUUCCCUACCUCAGUGCUAAAGCCAAAGACAUUCUGCAGCCGAGCACAUCUGAACACCACCAAGAUCAGCACCCAGCAGCAUAACAACCUCAGCUGAUGUCUUCGGAAAUCCCUUUACAAUAAAAACUUUUUUCCUUUUUUUUUUUUUUUAGCGUACCUUCAGAAUUGUAACUUCAACGUGAUUUUUUAAAAUAAUAGCAGCUGUUUCUUCUUGUUAUUAAUGAUUUAUAUCAAGUAAUGGGAAGCUGUGAAAAAAAAAAAAACUAGUUUUGACACUUGUUUACUUUCACAUCAAGGAGAUUUAGCUUUAAUUUAUGCUCAGGUGUAAAACAGGAGAUGUUAACUAGUAACCUGGAAACACCUGAAAUACUUAACACUUCAGAUGGCCUUAAUUGUCAGAAACUGAUGUAUUUCAUAAGUACACCCCAGAAUAAUGUAUAAAAAGUAAGGAAAUGUUAACUAACAUGGAUUUCCUUUCAUGUUAUAGAGAAAUUAUUCAUAACCCCAGAGUCAAAAAGAGGUCUAUGAUGAUGACAGAUUUUACAGGAGAACUCUCGUGGUUAAAAACAGAGCAUGAACUAAGAUUGCAGAAACUAGUAGAGGGUUCAGAGUAUCAAGAGCAACUGAAGUAUGACUUCAAUAUAAAAGGGGAACUGAGGCAUCUGGACACAAAUGAGUCCUUUGUUUUCAAUUAUUACAAGAAUUCGCAUGAGAGGAAUCAUGAACGCUAUCAAGUCUUGGGACAUAUGAUUACCCAAUAUGUUUAUGAGCUCCUAGAAAGAGUCUGCACGCUGCAGAAAGUUUAUAUUCCUACUGAUGCUACAGAGGAUGAACCAAGAAGUUUCUUUUUUAUGAGUGAGAAAGCACUAACAAGUUCCACUAGCAUAAUCGUCCUUCUUCAGGACCGUGGAGUUUUUCAUGCUGGACAGUGGGGGCAAAAGACAAUCAUCAGGGAGGGCCUGAACCAUGGCACUCAAAUACCAUUCGUCAAAAUGGCCCUCCAGAGCCAUGGAGGAGUGAUUGUACUGAAUCCCAAUGACAACCUUGUUGACGUGAAGAUGGAGAGGGAGAAGCUAAGUUUAUCUGCCAGAGAAGAAUCACUGACUUCUACGCAGCCCUGCCAGUGGAUCCCCAAGCGGUGCAGCAGCAGCCCUGAGGAGCACACCAUGUAUGUAUGGGACCACUUCAUUUCAAGGAGUGCAGCCAAGAACGUGGCCUUCAUUGCCCAUGGCUACGGUGGCUUGGUGUUCAUUGACCUGCUCGUGCAGAGAAAAUGGGAAGUCAUGAAUAAAGUGUACUCUGUGGCAUUCAUUGACUCCAUGCACAACAUACAGCAUCAAACUGGAAGCGAUCCACAAAUACAAGAAUGGAUACUGGAACACUGCCAUGAAUGGGUAUCAAACAGUAAGCCUCUGGAUAAAGCUGUGGGGUCCCUCAUGAAACUGAAUUGUCCUACUGUCUCUGCUGGAACUGAAAAGUACGGCUUAGCACCUUCCUACUGCAUGCACGCUGUCUUUAAGUACCUGAAGAGCACACUGAAAGCUAAGACCACAACAGCCUUUACACGUUCACCUAUUGCAACCAGAAGCAGCACAAGUAAGAAGAGAGACAAUAAAUAAAGGUAUACUGAUUUGGUUUUGAUAGUGGUCUCUUCCUUCCAUAACCACCCCUGCACCUAAGGCCCUUGGCAGUGGAGAGACUUUGAGUUGUAAAUUUGAAGCUAGUUUGUUUUUGAGAAACAUACAAGUUAACAAUUAGAAAAAAAGUGCCUUGUUGAAAGUUCUAGGUCACAUUCCUUUAGCUAUCUGUGAAACUGCAAGUUGCACAAAAUAAAGAUGUUAAGAUAUAUCAACUCUUAUCUGUAUCUUAAAUAAACUUUCUGCAGUUUUAGCUCUAUAAUUAGAUGAAACUAUCAGCAAAACUGAUUUCUUAAGUACAUAGCUUUCAGUAAAAGUACAAUUCUGGAAUAUAUAAGGCAUGCAAAGGAACUAGCACUCUGAAUUAUCCUAUUGCCUACAACAAGAUUACUUCUCACUGUAUGUUAUACAGUGUUGAAAAAUCUUUCCAGAGCUGGAAGAUCCACCUUCCUCCUUGAAAUGUUCACUCGUAAGUUGAAUGAUACUCUAGGGAACUACAUCCUACUAUCCUCCCUCCAUUCAAAGAUGAUAUACCACAAGAAUGAUAGUGACCUAAAGUAAUUUUAAUUUUAAAUCCAACUAAGUCAGUGAGACUACAUGCAGUUGCUGUGGACAUAAAACACUCUAGCAACCUUCAAUUGUCAAACUGAUGCAAGAGAAUGACACUAUUUUGUCUCACUCAUUUUAAUUUAGAACUAAAUGGGAAAGAGUUUUUAAAUGUCCAUACUUGAGGUUUGUGAUUUAUGCAAGCAAAAGUUCAAAUAGCCUUAAAAGUACAUGUAAAGGAAACAGCUACGCUGAAUUUUAAGUUAAAUCUUGUGGGAACUGAAAGUGAUCCACGUCUGCAAAAGAACUCUGAAGGAUGAUAAAAGCUUUUCCUACAGCGUCAGUUCCUAUCUCAGUCAAAAAAAUGACUGAACAGUAAAACAGUAACACUGCUUACAGAGAAUGGAGUCAAAUUCCCUUUCAUAUUUAUACCUAUUUGUGAUUUUAGUCAUGUCUGCUAACAUUUGAAAAAGUUUCCACCCCGUUAUUCAGUAAUGGAUGGAAACACGAACAGUCAGGUAAACACUUCCAAUAGCAACUAUGGCUUUUUAAAUUAAGCUAGGUGGGCUGAUAUUACAUUUGAAUGAAAG